GUCAAGGUUACCGUGAGAGGCGGACAUCACUCUUAUUUUCUCCUAGUAUUUUGUGAGCUCUCUCAACAUGCGGGUCAUUUCGUUGGCCUGUUUUCUUAUGUUCGCCGUUUCGGCGGCGCAAGGUGCGCGCAUUUUGGGACUUUUCGGCGUGUCAGGAAAAAGUCACAACAACUUCUUCAGCGCCCUGACCCUAGAGCUGGCCAACAGAGGCCACAAUCUAACCAUUUUAACCUCUUUUCCCACAAAGAAGUCGUCGGCCAAUUACAGAGAAAUAUCCGUUGAUGUUAUGGAGAAGUUCUCUGCUAACUUCAGCCCUUUCAAGCACGUGUCAGAGGGCAUGCUAAAUCAAUUAGGAUCCAUGCUUAGCAUGUUUCUUCAAUUGUGCCCUAGUGUUUUAAGUUCCCCGCAAGUAAAACCUCUUUUGAAUGAAGAAUUUGACCUGGUGAUUAUUUCAACAUUUUUCAACCAAUGCUUCUUGCCGUUUGGUCAAUUCAACAACGCGCCCAUGAUUGGAAUCAGUCCUGCUGGAUCGUUGGGAAUGGGCAUGGACAUGGCCAACCCCGAGCCACCCUCUUACGUCCCCAGUUUGUUUUUGCCUCUAACUUCGAAAAUGACAUUCCCCGAAAGACUGCUCAACACGGUGAUGACGGGUCUAAUUAAAUUUCUGGCAAAGUAUUACUUGAAACCUUCCAUGCACGAAUCGGCCAAACAGUUUUUUGGACCCAACAUUCCGUCUAUAGAGGAAAUGGAGCGAAGUUUGAGUCUGGUCAUUUACAACAAUCACUUUUCUCUGAAUAGUCCAAGACCAAUGGUGCCUGGUUGCGUUGACGCUGGCGGCAUGCACAUCAAGCAAAAUAAGGAACCGCUUCCAAAAGAUUUGCAAGAAUACAUGGACGGGGCCAAAGACGGUGUGAUUUACUUUUCCAUGGGCUCUGUAAUCCAAGGCUCAGAAUUUCCCAAGGAAAAAUUGCAAGUUAUUUUGGACGCGUUCAAAGAGUUGCCGCAACGAAUCAUAUUCAAGUGGGAAACGGAAAAUAUGCCUGGAAAACCCAGCAACGUCAAAAUCGGAAAGUGGCUUCCCCAGCAAGCAAUUUUAGCUCAUCCAAACUUGAAAGCGUUCAUAACACACGGUGGAUUGCUGAGCACGCAAGAAGCGACGUACCACGGAGUGCCGCUGGUGGGAAUUCCGUUUUUCGGCGACCAGAAACUUAACAUAGCGAAGUCGUCGCGCCUUGGAUAUGCCGUAGGCUUGGAUUUCCAAACCUUGGACAAGCAGUCCGUUCUAGCCGCGAUUAAAACAGUCACAGGAUUCCCUUCCUUCAGCAAAAAAGCCAAAGAGCUUAGCAAGGUUGUUCGCGAUCAACCAGAGACGCCGCUUGAAAGGGCCGUCUUUUGGACAGAGUACGUCCUUCGACAUGACGGCGCGCCGCACCUCAGGACGGCCGCGACCAACAUGUCUUGGUGUCAAGUGCACCUGAUCGACGUGUAUGGCUCGAUUAUUGGUGUACUCUUGGUCGUUGCACUCUUUGAUUAUUAUCUUAUCAAAUGGUGUUGCUGCCGAAAGAAGAGAAGCUCAACAAGUAAAGCUGGAACUUCAAUGUCUUCAAAAAAAGACAAGAAAGGGAAAGCGAAGGCUGAAUAAUUGUAAAUGUUUAACCAUCGUUAAAUAAAUUUCCAGGUUUUUAUACGAAA